AUGAAUAACCUGCGCGUGCUGCGUUCCUCCAAUGUGCUGCUGCUGCUCACGGGCUACCAGAUGCACUGGUUCGACUCCAAGCAGCAGCGCUACCGGCUGUCGCUGCCAGGUGCGGUCCACAUCUUCGUGCUGGCCUGCAUCUAUGCUGGCUGCUUCGCUCAGCACUUCCAGAGCUCGGCGGUGCUGAAGACGUUGCUGGAUGUCUCCCCGUUUCUGUUUAGGCUGACGCGCCUCCAGUUGGUGCUCAGCGUUAAGGUGUUCAGCUAUGCCAUCUACGCCUCCGUGCGUGCAGUGGGCGUGGCUAAUGAGUUGACCGUAUCGUUGCCUAUGACGAACUCGUCCGGGCGUCGCUGCAUUGCGAAGGAACUGAUAGCCUAUGCCCUGCUAGGCUCCACGUUCGUCGUGCUGCUCUGCUUUGGCUUGUAUAUUGGCUAUGAAAUGAAGUUCAAGCUACCGCCGCUACAGGACAUUAUGAUAGGAGCAGCACUGUUCCUGCCUCAUCUGGUGCUCGCUGGCGCCCUGCGCUUCUACAACAUCUUCGCCUGGCUAACGCGCGAACGUUUGGCUCAGCUGCAAACGGACGUGGAUGAGCUGCUGACCCUGAGUCAAUUACGCACCGAGCUGCAGCUGGUGGCUGGCAGCAGCUCCACAGCUCCAGGCGCAGCGUCUACCCAAGUGGACAAUCUGCUGAGCCAGUACGAGCAGCUGCAGCUGCUGGCCAAGCACUUCAACGACUUCUUUAAGUCUAUGCAGCACUCGCUGCUGCUGCUGUUGGUCAUCAAUGCCAACUGCCUGCUCUUCGGCAUCCACAGCUAUGUCUACUACAGCAGCACCUGGCACGUGCUCUUCGAGGAUCGCAAGCAGCGCAUCUUCUAUGCUGGCAAUGCCUGCAUCUACGCCUGCAUUGGCUGCGACUAUGUGUGCCUGCUGCUGUCUCAAACCAUGUUGGAGCAACAGCGCUUUCGUUUCUGGACGAGCCUGAGUGACAGACUGGCCCGAAGCAGCGCUCUGCCGAAGCAUAUGCGUCGCAUUGUCAAGAAUAUGCGUGAUAUUUUAGCAAAUUCAUUUCGUUUUAAAUUUUUGUCUAUUUGGCGCUUUAAUUUGGCCAAUUUUGUUCUGGUAAAUAUGGAAAUUACUUUUAUCUACAGCCUUUAUAUUUCUACUACUUUUCUACGUCAUUUCUUGCAGCUGCAAUUACUUCAAGCUCUGAUUAUAGCUCUGAUUGUUAUAUAUCAUUAUCUGAACGAUGCUAUUUUACUGACCAAUGAACGGUUCGAAAGCAACGAUGCUGAUGAUGAUGAAUAA